UGCCAGUGGCUAAUUAUCUGUAAGGAUGCUCAAAAUGCUGGUGUAUGUCACUGCAUGGAUGCUAAGUGAUCUAAUUUGACAUCACCAUUAUGGAGCUCAUAUUUAAGGAUAUAAGUGUAGAGGUGGACAAAAGGCUUAUUCUUAACAAUGUGAGUGGAUUGGCCAGUCCAGGAGAGUUGUUGGCCAUUAUGGGACCCAGUGGUGCAGGAAAGUCCACCUUGUUAAACACAUUAGCUGGCCACACCCCUCUGUCCUCAGGAACUAUUACUGUGAAUGGACACACCAUUACAAAGGACCUGAGGAGAAAAAUCUGUUAUGUCUUACAACAGGAUAUUUUUUUCCCAAGCCUCACACUCCGGGAGACAUUGCAGUUUACAGCCAAAAUAAGGUUACCAGAUAAAAUGUCCAAUGAGCAGAUCACAUCCAAAGUUGAUGAAAUUAUCAAGGAUUUAGAUUUGUCAAAAUGUGUAGACACAAUCAUGGGGGAUGUCUGGGUGAGGGGUUUGUCUGGGGGAGAGAAGAAAAGAGCCAGCAUUGCCUGUGAACUUGUCACAGAUCCUGUUAUGAUUCUGUUGGAUGAGCCCACAUCAGGCCUGGACUAUAGUACAGCUUUCAGUCUGAUUGAGAUGCUACAGUCCUAUGCUAGAGAUCACAAGAAAACAGUCAUUACGACGAUUCAUCAGCCCUCCAGCUAUAUCUUCUACCAGUUCCACAAACUACUGCUCAUCUCUGAUGGAGAGUUAGCCUACUAUGGGGAUACAGAGAGAGUGGUGGAUUUUUUCCACAAAGCUGAUGUUCCCAUGGCACCACACUACAACCCAGCAGAUUUUAUAUUGGAAAAACUUACAGAAGAUGACAAAACAAGAUUAAAAAUCAUAAGUGCGAUGGAUCAGAUAAGGAACAGUUCUAAUUGGUCAGUGAAAUUAAGAAGCACUGGACAUAUUAUAGAUGAAAACAUGGAAUCAGAACCUACAUACUCUGAGGACAUUAUGGAACAACCUUCUAAUGAAAAUGACAGUGUCCAUGUCAGUUUAAUGGAGUUAGAUAAAACUGAUGAUAGUUCAUCUCCAAACCCACUCCAUGAGAAAAAGUGGCCCACCGGCUUCAUCACCCAGUACACACAGCUUACAAUCAGAACAUUCAAGACGUCAAAGUCCCAGUUAUUCAACAAAUUUAAACUCAUAGAAACUCUGGUGCUAACAAUUAUUGUGAGCUUGAUUUGGUUCCAACUACCAAGAACUGAAGAAACUCUAAGAGACAGGAUGGGUGUGCUGUUCUACAUGUCCAUGCACUGGGGAUUUACUCCUCUCUUUGACACAGUAACUACAUUUCCCUUGGAGAGAAUUGUCAUAAACAAGGAAAGGCAGGCUGGAUGGUAUCGACUCUCGGCCUACUACCUGGCAAAAAUGACCAGCGAACUGGUGCUCAUAGUCAUACAGCCUUUGGUCUUCAUCACAGUUGUAUACUGGUGUGUGGGUCUAAAUGGGGUUUGGUCAUACUUUGCCACACUGGGAACUCUGUUUAUACAUGCUGUGUCUGGACAGAGUGUGGGACUCUUUCUGGGAAUAGUCAGUAUGGACAUCAGGAAAGGAAUGACCCAGGCUACCAUCUAUAUCAUGGCAACAAUGCUACUGGGUGGCUUUUAUACCAGGAGCCUUCCUUUUUGGUUGGAUUGGAUCAAGUACCUGUCCUUUCUGCAGUAUACGUUUAGUGCCAUGAUGUAUCUGGAAUUUUAUGAUGGACCAAAUAUAAAUUGUGCCAUGAAGACUGCAGUAUCAGAGUCCCAGUUCAGCACCUGUCUGUACGGUAACUCCACUUCCAUUCCUUCCAAUGAAGUGCUCCACUUGUACGGGGUCAAUCAGCCAUAUUGGACUUAUAUUCUGCCACUGUUUGCCUUUAUCUCCAUCUUUAGGAUUGGAGGAUACCUCAUGUUGAGAUUUAAACAAAAGCCAAACCAAACACACUGAGCUCUCCACUUCUUUUUAUGGGAUUUUAUCCUAAAAACUUUAAUGCACUGGUUCUUUACACUCUUGCUUGACUCAAGUAUUAAGAAAAUACAGAAUGUUUUACAUUUACACUUCAGGGAUAAAAUAAAUAUUCGGACAUAUUUAUGUUAAAGAAAAUUUGUUGACUAUAUUGUUAUUAUAGCAACAUAUAUAAAAAAUGUAUAUUUUUUAAUAUUAUGUAUACAUUCAUAUUCAAGAAUGAAGUUUUCGUCUUGUGCUUAGUCCCAGUCCAUUUAAGACAGUUUCAAAAGUCAUAUAAAUAGUUAUCAAUUGAUUCAUGCUUGUACAUGUCCUUGUAUUAGCGUAUAUUGUGAUUUGUUGAUAUCUUUGAUAUCUUUUAACAUAUUAAUAAUCACCAUUAUUCACUAUUGUGAGUAACAGUUAUGAGGUACAUGUACUAUUAUAAAAUAAUACAUAUCUGGGGUUUU